AUGAAGAGAACUAGCACUUACUUUCCAAAGCCUGGACAGGUCGAACAAAAAUGGCGCCUGAUAGACGCCACAGGACAAUCGUUGGGCCGGUUGGCCCGGGACGUGGCAGUUGCCCUGCAGGGCAAAGAUCGGCCAACCUACACGCCUCACGUCCUAACCGGCGACCAUGUGGUCGUGGUAAACAUGGAUAAAGUCAGGAUAACGGGUGAUAAGCUUCUGCAGAAGACCUACUACCGCCACAGCGGUUACGUCGGGAAUCUCAAGAGCUUUAUUCUCCGGGACGUGUUGGAAUCCCAUCCCGACCGGGUGUUGCAGUUGGCCGUAAAAGGUAUGCUGCCACGAAACAAGCUGGGUCGGGAGAUGCUGAAGCGCCUCAAAGUAUACGCCGGAGAUUCUCACCCCCACGAGGCGCAAAUUGGACAGUUAUCGGAACAAAGAGAAGGAAAUUAA